AUGGCCCUGGAGUUGGAUCAAGCAGCAUCGCCGAGCCUAACCCACGAUAUCGCAAGGUGGAUAUCACAAGAGUAUCAUGAUAUGAAUGGCUCAUCAAUUCAAACACUCGAAAGCCCUCCCACAGCAGCGGAGUUUGCACAGCUAGUCCACAUAUCUAGGCCUGUUGUCAUCAAAGGUUUCCAAAUCCCAGCCUUGAAACGAUGGACCGAUGAUUAUUUGCAGACCAAGCUGCAAGACCAACUUAUAUCAGUGGCAAUCACACCCAACGGGCGAGUGCAAGCAGACGCUAUUACAGCUGGCCCAGGGGGCAGGCACUUUUUCGUGGAGCCUUUUAUCGAGAAAGUUUUGAUGGAAAAACUCCUCGAGCAACUUAACGCAGGCACUUGCACACCAGAACGAAACAGCGAUAACCUCUCCGCUUCCUAUCUCCAAUCGCAAAAUGGGAAUAUGUAUUCCAGCCGUUUCUUUGAGUCACCGAACGACGAUUCAUCAGAAUUUGGUGCCCUUAGGGGAGAUGUUCCAAGUAACAUCCCAUGGGUCACCGAAGCACUAGGCAGAAAUCCUGACGCCGUAAACCUUUGGAUCGGGAACAGUAAAAGCAUAACCAGUAUACAUAGCGAUCCGUACGAGAAUAUAUACACUGUGAUACGUGGAAGUAAACACUUCACGCUUCUACCACCUUGUGAAGGGUGGUGUCUUCAAGAACGGAUGUAUCCUCACGCAGUCUACGGUCAUACCGACAAUAGUAACUGUCUGAGUGUCAUACCCUCUUCAGAUACUCCUCAAGUUCGCUGGUCUUCGGUGAUCAACCCGGACCUUCCUGGAUCACUGCCUUCAGAAGCUCAUCCACUGCAUGUCACACUCGAAGCAGGAGAUACGUUGUACCUACCAGUUGGUUGGUGGCACUACGUACAGCAAUCUGGCCCAACUACCAUUGCUCUUAAUUGGUGGUAUGACGCCGAAGUACGAGGGAUGAAUUGGAUUUGGCUUAGCUUACUCAGGGGCAGUGGUGAUGUGCCAUCAGGAAAUGAUGAAACUGAUACUCGGUGA